ACGGCGCUGGUAGCCCUGUUCGCCAUUCUAUCGUGCCUGCAGUUGGCUGUGGCAGAGGAACGAUGGGUCGAAUAUCAAAAUGCACAGGGCGAGACGGUGGUGCUGGCAGACAACCGCAAGCCAUCGCUAUACACUGCCAAUUUUGGUGAUUGUCUGGGAGACAGCACCAUCAAUGUCACUCGCUUCGAUGCUGCAUACUAUCAGGACAACAUGACCGUGUUGUUCCACUUGGCGGGAAACACUGGCGUGGCCAACGACAGCUUGAUGUUGUCCAUCAGCGUCUUCGCCUACGGCGAGGACCGAUUCAGUCUGAUCUUCAACCCUUGCAACGCGAACAUCCACAGCAUGUGCCCGCUGAACAGCAGCGUACCCAUAUCUGCUAGUGGCAUUAUCCCAGUCGCUGAGUCUGACGUGGCCAACAUUCCUGCCAUCGCUCUGUCCAUCCCCGACUUUGAAGGAGAGGCUAUCUUGCGCAUCUUCUCCAACACCACGCAGCAAGAAAUUGCUUGCUACUCUGCAGUCGUCACGAAUGGUGGAUCUUUUGGACAACCAGCGUCCGUGGGCACUAUCUUGGGACUGUUCACGCUGGUAGCUCUCAUUGCAUCGUUCGCAACCGCCAUCUAUGGAGAGGCCGUGCCGACCAUAAGACUGCACUACGCUCACUCCCUGUCGGUCGGUGUUGUAUUCGCCGUCUGGCAACACAUCUAUUUCACAGGCGCCUUGUCUAUGAAUUGGCCAUCUGUCUUGGUGGCUUGGUGGAGCAACUUUGCGUGGGCUGGAGGCAUGAUCUACAGCUCUAGCAUGCAGAGCAGCAUUAACAAUCUCAUCGGCGGCAACAUUGGUAACACUUCGCAGGUUGGCGCUGCUCAGGCCGGCUCGCCAAACUCAGAUGUCGGUGGAGGCUUUGACAUCAGCACAAUUUACAAGAGAGCACUUGCAUUUGGCAUGGAGCGAGUCGUCAGCCACCCACUCGCCAGAGACUCUUGGGAUCUUGCCUCGCAUAUAUACCGCCGCGAUUACAGCAAGACAAUUCGAGGCGACUUACUGCAGCGUACAGUCGAGCGCACAUUGCAGCGACGAGACACAGACGGCCUCGCUGAUGCCAGCGAUGGCUACAAAUGGUACGGGAAGCCCGUCCCUCCUGGUGUGCCAUUGCCUGGUAAUUACUCUGGGUUCGCGGGCACCCUCGCAGAAGAGAAUAUUCCAGUCAGCAAUGCCUUCAUGACUGGCUUCUUAUGGUUUCUGAUUCUGCUUGUCCUCCUGGUGGCUGCUUCUAUCACAUUCAAAUGGUCACUCGAGCUCUUCGUGCGACGCAACAUUACCGACCGAGACGGCAACAGCAAGAGCAUUCACGAUGAUGAGGACUACACUAGGAAGUUCGGAUGGCUUGCUGCUCGGUUUCGUCGCACUAGAUGGUGGUUCUUCACUGCGUGGCUAUUCUACGAGUUCGUGCGCGCCAUCUUCUACGCAGCUGCGUCGGGGUAUGCCCAAGCCCAGGUAUUCGGACUUCUCAUUGUGGAAUUCCUCGCCUUCGCGUUCAUCAUCUGGAUGAGACCUUUCGAGGGUCAGCGCCUGAAUAUCCUCGUGGUGUACUGCCUUGGCUUCAGCAAGGUCGCCACCGUUGCCCUCUCUGCUGCAUUUGAUAUCAACUUCAACUUGCAACGCAUCACGACGACAGUCAUCGGUAUCGUCAUUAUCGUCAUUCAAGGUAUUCUGACCAUCAUCACCAUGAUUGCCAUCGUCGUUGGCGCCAUUGGCUCGUACAUGUCUGUCUCUCGCAACAAGGAAGACUUCCGGCCACGCAAGUGGGCAAAUCUGCGUGAGAAAUACUUUGACCAUCUGGAUCGUGUGGUUAAUGACCUCCCUCCUCCACCGAAGCCCGAGCCACCGCCACCAGAGGAGCCGAAGUUCGGCUUCGAGAUGAAAGGGAUCAAGCGCAUACCGAAGCUUGAAGACGAAGAUGGAGAGUUCCAGACAGAGAUGAUGGCAGAUCCAAAUGCAUCGUAUCUCAGCUUCGACUCGCCAACUAACAGCCGCGCUCCGAGUGUCGCUAGCAUGAGCCUGGCCAAUCUGCCGUAUGGUGCUAGGGCACAUCGUCCGAGCUGGAGCACACGGGACUACCAG